AUGGCGACGCAGGACGAGCUCCUCCAGGCCGUGGACGAGUGCUGCCACUGCAUGGCGUACAUGCGCCACGAGCGGCUCGUCCGCCUCCUCAAGUCCGGUUGGAAGGCGACGUGCACCUACAAGCAGGUCCUGCGAAAAAAGUCCUUCAAGGUCGUCGCGCGCCUCGAGGCGGACAACAAGACGGACGCGGAGGAGCUCGAGGAGGCGCGACGGAAGCGCGACGAGGUCGACCACAACUGCGCGCUCGCGAACCUCAAGCUCUACAAGAUGGUCGCGCUGAACCACAUCAUGGAGGAGAACCCGCCGGGCACGGCGGAGGGCGAGGAGGCCGCGGCGCCGGAAGAGACGAAGUAG